CCCCCAUCAUUCCCUGCUGUUGUGCUCCUGAAGAGUGACGCUGCCAUUUCUAUCCAGGCCACAGCUCCGGGAACCUCAUCUAUCCGUAGCUUUGGCCCGGCGAUAUCCAAUGAGUUCGUCCACAGACGCGGAGUAGCUGAGCCCAACUGAGCUUCGCCCGUCUCGGUGGUUUUGCGAUGUGCCACCGCCGACCAGCCAUCUGGGAGAAACGAUGAAAUUAAGCUCGAUGGGGUUCCACUGGCCGAACCGUCGAGUUUGUUUCCCAGAGACGGCUUUAUUUUAGCCACCCGCCCAGAACCCACGGCUCUUUUUUUUUUUUUUUUGAACCUCGCGGGGCGUUUCCCUUACACGCGACAGAAAAUAGGUUUAAAAAAAAAAAAAGGAAAAAAGAAAAAGGGCAAGAAGGCAAAGAAGAGCAGCGCUAGUUAUGCGUUCAUGUGUCUAUUGCUAGAUGACAUCAGACUGAAAAGAAUGAGACGGUUUCCAAACAGCUCAAGAUGGACUCAACCGGCCAUGAUUUUCUCCACGGCGACGUAUCGCUUCUAGACGACGGUUCAGACGAAAGGAUCUCUUUGAGCCCGACGACGUCGAGGGAACAGGGAGAGCAGCACCGUUCCAUUGACGAAUCGACGAGCCUGGACACGAUUGCGGCCGUCCCGCCGCUGGUUAACGAUGGUGGGGUUGACGUGAAGACAGACGAGCAGGGACAGCCCCCGAUGCAGGAUGGGUCGGAAAAUCCACGGCCAUGGAGCGAAUUGAAGACGAAGGCUGGGAAGGAGAGGAAGAGGCUUCCUUUGGCGUGUAUCGUGUGUCGGAGAAAGAAGAUCCGGUGUUCCGGGGAGAAGCCGGCGUGCAAGCAUUGCUUUCGAUCGAGGAUCCCGUGUGUGUAUAAGGUUACGACGAGAAAAGCCGCGCCUAGGACGGACUAUAUGGCGAUGCUGGACAAGAGGCUGAAGAGGAUGGAGGAGAGAGUUAUCAAGAUCAUACCGAAGGAUGUCGCGAGGGAUAUGGCCGGUAUCGGUCGGGCUACCGUGAAGCCGCCGCCGCCGGGGUACGCCCCGCGAGCGCCAAAGGCGUUGAAUAAGAAGAGAUCCGCGGAUGAAGCUUUUCGGGCUGAGAUUGACGAAUGGAUGCGGGAGAGCAAUGCUUCCGCUUUGAGGGACAACUUCCCGGGUAGUUGGCAGCCACGUGUGGGGGACGAGAAUAAGCUUCUGGUUGAAGGAGCGGAGUUUUUGCCUUCGAUGGAGAUUCAAGAGCACCUUGCAGAGGUAUUCUUUGAUUGCGUCUAUGGGCAAUCAUAUCUGUUGCUGCACAAGCCGAGCUUUAUCAGGCGCUUGAAGUCUGGAGCCGUCCCGCCAGUGUUAAUAUUGGCUAUCUGUGCGGUAUCGGCCCGCUUUUCGACACACCCUCAAAUCAACACCGAGCCUGCUUUUCUACGAGGUGAAAAUUGGGCUGAUGCCGCUGCUACGAUUGCACUGAGCAGGCACGACCAGCCGAACAUCAUGAUCUUGACUGUAUUUCUCAUACUUGGGCUUCAUGAGUUUGGCGCUUGCCAUGGUGGCAAAAGCUGGUCUUUCGGCGGGCAAGCGUUGAGAAUGGCAUAUGCUCUACAGCUCCAUCGAGAGCUCGGUUACGACCCUCUGGGGAAUAAGUCAGCAAACUCUGAGCUGAGCUUUACAGACCGUGAAAUUCGCCGACGGACCAUGUGGGCGUGCAUCUUAAUGGAUCGAUACAAUUCAUCUGGCAGCCAACGACCGCCGAUUGGUAAUGAGAAGUACUUGCAGAUUCAGCUGCCUAUUAAAGAAUCACACUUUCAGAUGGAGAUUCCUGGACCUACGGAAAAUCUGGAUGGAUCGGUGCCCAAUCCCGUCGCCGAAGGAAUUGGACAACUUUCCAAUCCCAAGGAUAACAUGGGCGUCUCUGCCUACAUCAUUCGCGGGGUAAUUCUAUGGGGUCGCAUCGUCGAUUACCUCAAUCUUGGGGGAAAGCUGAAGGAUCCACAUCCGUUAUGGUCUCCGGAAUCUGGCUACGCACAGCUAAAGAAACAGAUCGAGGAAUUUUCUGCUUCCUUACCAAACUCUCUCGUUUUCACGCUGGAGAAUCUCCGGAAUCACGCUGCUGAGAAGAUUGCGAACCAGUUUCUCUUUCUCCAUAUCAUCAUGCAUCAAAACGUACUCUUUUUAAAUCGUUUUGCUAUCCCGCUCUCUCCGGGCGGACGUCCACCGAAGGAUAUCCCGAAGCCCUUCCUCAGUGACGCUGGUCGUUCAGCGGUUGAAGCUGCUGGCCAUAUUUCGAUGUUGAUCAGUCAAGCCUCUGGGUACCUCCUGACCGUUCCCUUCGCUGGUUAUUGCGCAUAUGCAGCUAGUACAGUGCAUAUAUGGGGGAUUUUCUCCAAGAAUGAACAACUCGAGAAGACAUCCAAAGAGAACCUCCGGCAUACAUACAGGUAUUUGAACCGGAUGAAACAAUAUUGGGGAAUGUUUCAUUACAUGGUCGAAAGCGCAAAAGAGCGAUAUCGCUCUUUCGCCGAUGCCGCGCUUAAAGGUCCCCCAGUGGGUGUGAAGGAGGAAGAUUCAUCCAUGUUCCAGUAUGGAGAUUGGUUCGACAAGUAUCCUCACGGCGUUUCGCGGCUCCACUGGGAAGAUCCUAGCCCGGAAAUCCGGAGUGAGCCAGGUGGGGAAGCGGUUAUGGGCCAACAGUCUGAUCUCCAAAGUGUCGAAGAGUUUUUCGCGAGUUUAUCUCCUCCGUCGCAUGCCGAUCAGCCACGCAAAGAGGUAAAGCGACGUGGAACAACAGCUGCAGAGAAAGCCCGUCGUAACACAGCGGCAAAGGAGUCGAAGUCUUGCCCUGGGGUAGCUGGGAUUUCGCCUCCGGCGCAACCGUCAUCAGUGAUGGUCACAAGUACCCAAGGUAUUUCACCACAGAAUUCUCGUCAGGAUUUUUCGAACUUCCCAAAUUCAGCCGUCUUCUCCCCAACCGACGCUACCGAUUUCAACCCUUCGACAUUCAAAUAUCCCCUAAGCACUGACCUACCUCAUCUCGAUCGUCAACUGGUUUACGGCGCAUACUCUGGUAUCGACCCUAGUAUGACUGCCAACCCCCUUAAUUCCGCAACAGCCGCCGGCGGCAGUAACAACAUUGCGUCCCGCCCUACUAACCCAGCGGCCGAACUCAAUCAUCCCGAUAACAAUAGCAACUCGUUUUGGAAUAUGCCGCUCGAUAUCACUGGGGAUGGAAUGGGGUGGCCGGGUGGAUCCUUGCAACCCAGCGCGUGGUUCUUGCCAUUUAAUCUUGACCCAAUUGGCGGAAGUGACUUUGAUGUCUCUGCAGCUGCAGCUGCAGCUGCGGCCGCGGCGGCCGCGGCAGCGUCUCAGCCGAAUUCCAACCCGAUGCCGGGAAAUGGGAGCUCCUUUUUCGGGAGCCCUUCAGGCCUAGAAGGCUGUGACCUCAAUUUAGGAGUCAGAGACUCUAAUACUAGUGGUGGCGGCGCGUCAAGAAGCGGCUGA